AUGGGAAGAGGUAGACCACCUGGCUCAAAAAAUAAAGCCACUAUCAAUAAAGUAAAUGAUAAUUAACAACUACAGCAGAUUAAGUAAUAGCAAUAACCUUAAAAAUCCACUGAUUAAAAUGAAAAGCAAUAGUAAGAUUAAUAGUAGCAAGUCUAGAAAAAGAGAGGGAGACAUCCCAAUCCUUAGAAGCAUUUAGAACAUCUAAAGAAAGUCUAUUAAUCUCAGAUAACUCAAGUGUACACUGAGCUAGCAAAGACGUGCCUUGGUAAUACACAACUAUACAAUCUAUACGGUAUUGUGAUUGAUGCAACAAUGCCACAUUUGAAGGAAAAUGAAACCAAUAACUAUCGUAGAUAUAAGUAACAUGUUAAGAUAAUCGACCCAACUGUACAUUUCAGAAGACCCAAAGAAAGUGGAGAUACUACUAAUGUUUGCAUAUCUGUUACAUUCUUUGGUAGUUCAAUAGAGUAGCUUCCAGUAUUCAAGCGAAUUGGGGAUAUUAUCAGGAUACAUAGAUGUAAUAUUGCUUAAUUUAAGGAGAGAAAGACAUUUUCAGUGAUAAUCAAUUUCGGUUCGCAUUGGGUUAUUUUCGAUGGUAGAGACAAGAAAGCAAUACUCAAGGAUUAAAAAGCAUUAGAAGAAAAUAAAGGAGAAGAUGAGCCAGAUGAAGAAUCAAAAGCCAAAUAAAACUAACAAAAAACUGAGCAAUUGUAAUAAUCUGCCAGUAAAAAACCAGAGCAGACUAUCAAAGAUUUCUUUGGAAUGGGAGACACAAAGCCAUAACCAUGCAAUAAGAUCGAAAUUAUUCCUUAGUAAUAACUAUCGCAGGCAUCUGUUUAGAGCUUAGUAGGUGAAGAUCAAGAGGUCUAAAGUCAUUAUCUACCUCUUAAACUUUCCAGCAAGGAUUACACAAUGACUCUUUAGGAUAGAGAUAUCAUUAAAAGAUAUCGUGAGUGGUCAAAGGAAUAUUUCUUGAAUGAAUUCCUCUAUGAGAGUUAAUUGUAUAUAACACUUUCGAAGGUUAGAGAUAUCAUUAGCAAUGAAAUGAUAAGCGGGAAUAAAAAUGAUUCAAUCACAAGUUUUGACCUAAUUGUCUAAGUUGAGCAGAUCGAUGAACUAGGACCAUUAGAAAAUGGAGAUAUGAAGUUAAUGAUUCGAAUCAGUGAUUAAACCAGCGGCGAAAAGAGAAAAAAUAUUUUGCAAACAAAAGACAGUAGUAAUAUAAUGUUAAUAGAAAGUUCAUUCAAAUAAGCUUAGUAGUUCCUAAAGCAAAUGGAAACUACUGAUCAUGAUUUGACUCCUGCUAUCCUUGGAGAAGUUUAGCAUCAUCAUAAUGAAUAUUCACAUUUGCAGUAACAUUUUGAGGAGGUCUUAGAAAAACCAGAGAUAGCUUCAUCCGUUGGAUCUCUCUAUCUGAAUAUGCAAUCAGAAGAAUUGUCUGAUAUCUUACAAAGUGAACAAUAUGCCAAUGGGACAUAGAUUGAAAGAUUGUCAAGAGUCUAAUUCUACGUUCUAAAUAUUUAACCUCUAAACUUAUUUGAAGUUUCUAGGGUUUAUUGUCCGAAAUGCUAUUCUGACUACUCUUAUAAAGAUUUCAAUGGAUAAAGUGAUGUUCAUAGUAUGGAAUGCCCUCAAUGUCAUUAUAACCAUUUAGAAGCCAUCUAUAAAAUCUAGUUUUAAGUGAAAGAUAAAUCUUUAUAUCAUUUGAAAGGUGCUAUGAAAAUGAUACUUUACACCAUGGACGGUAUUUGCAAUAAAUUCUUUAAUGGAAUUGAGCCUUGCAAUUUUUAUAGAGAGCAGACAGCCAGAAAUUAGGUUGAAAAGCAUUUGAGAUAUAUUGUGAGAUUUAAUGUGUUCUUGGAUGCUAUUGUCGAGACGAAAUAUGUUCAGAAUGAAAUUGUGCUCAAACUCAUAAGUUGCAAACUCAAGAAUAUUUGA